AUAUAACAGUCGUAUUAUGUAAACCUUAAAAUCUGUUGUGUAAAUGAAUACAAAGCUAGUGUGAUGUAAAUACGUCUCGGAUAUAAGUUGAAACAGGAGCACCUCUUUGGAUUUGAUUUUAUUCAACAUGAAUAUCGAUAACCUAUUAUACCAUAUCGAAGAUAGUAUGGUAGAAAGUGAAGUGCAGAAGUGUUUAACUCUAAAUGAACUGAUUUAAUGGCCAGAGCCGAAUAAGUAUACUCAGCACCAUGCAGUCAACAAGAAAUUAGAAGAAUUUCGGACAAACCAUGGCCGUAACUCUGUUCAGCUGCGAAUUGGGAGAAGGGAGAGUUUUGAGCAUUAUAAAAGACGAGGCGGAGUAUUUUAUAGAUCUCCGGAUUGUUGAAAACGACUAUCAGCCGUCCAGGAAAGGCCAGCGCCUAUCACUGAGCCGUUGGAAGAACCUAAUCAACAACAUUGAAGACAUAGAAAAGGAAGUAGAGAGUAUGAAAAAUAAAGAGGACGUCGACUACCGACUUCACUUGGGAGGUAACAUUUUUGUUUCAAUUAAAACACCGUACUGGUGCGGGAACCUCCGGAAGUUUAGGGACGGGACCAUCCCCACGCAUGAAGGGCUAUCCUUAAAAUUUGGACAGUGGCAGCAUAUGAUUGGGAGGUUGGAUGAAAUCCACUUCCAACUCCCAAUUGACAUUGAGACAGUGAUACCCUGUCAGCUAUCGGAAGACCACCAGAACCAAGUCGGAAUGCUCCGGUGUCCCGAGUGUAAUCCAAACGAUUUCGAUGCAUACAGUGACUAUUAACUGUUUUUUGAUUUGUGUCUGAAUUGAAUUUGUUGAAUAUGUCUAUCUUACAAAAUAAAAGCAUGUGUUCAAACGUAUGAUUUUUCAUUUGGUGUUUCACUGUAAGUCACUAAACAUGUUUCCUUUUGAGAGUCAUACAACGAUGUCUAUAUCUGGCUGUACGGGCUCUGGUAAAACUACGUGGGUACGAAAACUAAUGAAAUAUA